CGGCGUCGUUGACCCGCCUGUAAAUAUACCCGUAAGAUUCUCCGGCUCGGAAAAGAAGAAAGAAGACAAGCAAAUACCAGAGCCGUCGGCGUUAAAACCACUUACAAUCCCCUGUUUCAGAUACAUAGAAAGCAGAGGAACGAGAAGAGCAGAAUAGAACCAGAAGAAAGAAAUGGAGCAGAUCGAGCACAAAUUCGUGGAAGUCGACGGAGGAUUGAAGCUCCACGUAGCUGACAUCGGAGCAGCAAGCGACAAAGUUCUUCUCUUUCUCCAUGGGUUCCCGGAGAUAUGGUACUCAUGGCGCCACCAGAUGAUCUCCCUGUCCAAAUCGGGUUACCGAGCUAUCGCCGUCGACUACAGAGGCUACGGGCUGUCCGAUCCCCCGCCGAGGACUGAAGAUGCCACGUUUGCCAACAUCGUCGCCGACCUCGUCGCCAUCCUGGACUCCCUCAAUGUUCCCAAGGUGGUGCUCGUAGGGAAAGACUUCGGAGUUUAUGUCGCUUCAUGGUUCAACGUUGUCCACCCGGAAAGGGUGUUGGGCUUCGUGACCAUGGGAACUCCGUUCCGCGUCCCGGGAAACCGUGCAUCCGUCAUCUCAUCGCUCCCGGAAGGUUUCUAUGUCUCGCGGUGGCGGGAACCAGGGCGAGCCGAAGCCGAAUUCGGGCGGCUAGAUGCGAAAACGGUGGUGAGGAAUGUAUACAUUCUCUUCUCCGGCAGUGAACUGCCCAUUGCAGCUGAGAAUCAAGAGAUCAUGGAUUUGGUCGACCCAUCAGCUCCUCUCCCGACAUGGUUCACCGAGGAAGAUCUCGAAGCUUAUGGAGCUUUGUACCAGAAAUCAGGGUUCCAAACUGCCCUCAAGAUACCCUACAGAUCGCUUGACGAGCAACUGGAAGUACCGAUGCCUGCAGGGGUGAAACUUAACGUUCCAGCAUUACUCAUCGUGGGAGGAAAAGAUUAUACCCUGAAGAUGACAGGGAUCGAGCACUACAUCAACAAUAUGGUGAAGGAAAUCGUUCCGGAUUUGAAGACGGUGCGUUUGGCUGAAGGGAGUCAUUUCGUUCAGGAGCAACUCCCUGAAGAAGUGAACCAGCUGAUACUCGAUUUCCUUAAAGCUCGAAUCUGGCCAUGAAAGGUUCGAUGUUUCGUGCAAUGUACGGAGUUAGAGGAAUUACACCAGCUCGUGAUCGUCAGUAGAUGCUUCUUUUUGCUGGGUAUAAACAGCUGUUCCGUUGCCAUGUUCGGCACAGGAAAUGGAUUCCCAUAUGGUGCUUUUGUUGUUGUAAACCCUUUUUUCUCUGUUGCUGGUUUUGCCUAAUGGUGCACUUUGUAAGCCUAAAUAUAACAUGAUAAAUUGACCUACACAACCGAUGUUAAGCUAAACAAUCCGAACUGACAUGUAGUAUCGAGUUAUCCGUCGAACCCCAGACAUUGACAUUUCCCAUUGAGCAGGCCAUCCUUUCUACCAAUCAUCUGCACUCGCCAAUGUCAACGGAAACAGGAACCGACGACUCCAUGAGAAAGACAUCCCAACAGAAACCCAAAUUCAUGUCAACUAACAAUGGCACGCGAGCUAGCAGAACCUGCAGAUCCGCCUGCUCCACCAUGUAUAAAAGAGGAGAGGCAGAGGCAGGAUGAGAAGAACAGGGCAGAAAUGGAGCAGAUUGAGCACAAAUUUGUGGAAGUUGAAGAAGGAUUGAAAAUCCAUGUAGCCGAAAUCGGAGCUGGGGACAAAGUUCUCUUCUUUCUCCAUGGAUUCCCGGAAAUCUGGUACUCAUGGCGGCACCAGAUGAUUUCCCUGUCGAAAUCAGGGUACCGCGCCGUCGCCGUCGACUACAGAGGCUACGGGUUGUCCGAUCCCCCGCCGCGGCUUGAAGACGCCACUUUCGCCAAAACCGUCGCCGACCUGGCCGCCGUCCUGGAUUCCCUCAACAUCUCUAAGGUGGUGCUCAUAGGGAAAGACACUGGAGCUUUCAUCGCUUCUUGGUUCGGAGUCCUCCACCCGAAAAGGGUACUGGGAAUAGUGACCAUGGGCAUCCCGCUCUCUGUCCCGGGAACGGCUUCUUCCUUCAUCAGCUCAACCAUCCCUGAAGGAUUCUAUGCUUUACGGUGGCAGGAACCAGGGCGAGCCGAAGCCGAUUUCGGACGGGUAGAUGCAAAAACCGUGAUUCGGAAUGUGUACAUACUGUUUUCAGGGAGUGAAGUGCCAAUCGCAGCCGAGAAUCAGGAGAUAAUGGAUCUGGUCGAACCUUCGACUCCUCUUCCGCCAUGGUUCACCGAGGAAGACCUCGAAGCUUAUGGAGCUCUGUACCAGAAAUCUGGAUUCCAGACUGCACUUAAAAUGCCCUAUAGAUCACUCGACGAGCAGUUGGAAGUACCAGUAUCAGAGGUGAAAUUCGAAGUUCCGACGUUGCUGAUCUUGGGAGACAAAGAUUAUGCACUGAAACUUCCAGGGAUGGAAGACUACAUCAACUAUAUGUUGAAGGAAAUCGUCCCGGAUCUGAAGACGACGUAUUUGGUCGAAGGGACUCAUUUCGUUCAAGAGCAAUUCCCAGAAGAAGUGAACCAGCUGAUACUUGAUUUCCUGAAAGUUCGAAUUUGGGCAUGAAAAGUGUACAGUUCAAUCCAUGAUUCAGUAGUUGUGAUUACUGAUUAGUACCUUUGCCUUGUUGUUCACUUAUUUCAAGUCAACAAGGGAACAGAGUGUUGGUAAUUCCUUGGUGGGUUACAAUCUCGAAAAUUAAUGAUACGGAACUUGCAGUGAAGGUAACUCUCAAGUAAAAUGCUUCCAC